CAAUCGCGGACAAUCACUAUUCAUAGGCACCGAGGCCGUCGUUGCUUGGGAUGCGACUUGACACGUCCCUAUGAUACGUACCAUCCGCGAUGUCAAUGAGACAGCCGGGGCCCCAGACAGAAGCCCAGUCAUCGCUGACCCAGCCAUACAGCGAUGAUGAACCACAACACCCCGGUGUAUCCUUAAGCGGAGAGCUACGUGAGCCGCUGUCCUUCAAACGCAAACAGAAACAACGCUCUCGAUUCCGCUUUCCCAACCUCUUUUCGAGUAGUGCUGCUGAGUCUGCGACGAAUACUGGGCUUGGCUCUUUGUUUCGCAAUGAACAACCGUCGGAUGAUAUGCAACCCUUACGGGAACCGGUCAGUAGCGACGGAAAUAUGGCGCAUAAGGACUCGGGCUUCUUGGACUGGUAUGUAGAGGGCCCAGGACGACGAGUCGGUUAUGACGACCUUACGGCGAUCGAUUGGAUCUUCGAGUACACAAAAGAACGUCAAAGAAAGAGGCUUCUCUAUGCAAGCGGGCAGGGCGUCGUUGGAUAUCUGCGCAAGCUCUUGGACUCGAGUAACGUUUGGAUCGUGUUGAUCGCUACAGGUGUCUUGGUUGGGAUCAUUGCGGCGUGCAUUGAUAUCACGAGUGAUUGGUUAGGAGACCUGAAAACCGGUUAUUGCAGAAACGGCUCAGGGGGUGGCAGGUUCUAUUUGAACCGGAGCUUUUGUUGUUGGGGGCAUGAUGAUGUCUCUGAUUGUUUAGACUGGACUCCGUGGAGGAAGGCACUGGGGGUCUCCUCGUCGGGCGGGGGAUAUACGGUUGAGUAUAUCUUCUAUGUCCUAUACUCUGUGAUUUUUGCGGUUUGCGCGUGCGUCCUGGUUCGGAGCUACGCCAUAUAUGCAAGACACAGCGGUAUCCCUGAGAUCAAAACCGUCCUUGGUGGUUUCGUCAUCAGGCAUUUCAUGGGGCCUUGGACCCUUGCAAUCAAGUCCCUGGGGCUGUGCUUAUCCGUCGCAUCCGGCCUGUGGCUCGGUAAAGAAGGCCCCCUCGUCCAUGUGGCAUGUUGUUGUGCCAGUGUGAUAAUGAAGCCAUUUCACAGUCUCAACCAUAAUGAAGCGAGGAAACGAGAAGUUCUCUCUGCGGCUGCCGCCGCGGGCGUCUCCGUCGCUUUCGGGGCACCCAUUGGCGGUGUCCUAUUCAGUUUGGAGCAACUGUCUUAUUAUUUCCCCGACAAAACAAUGUGGCAAAGCUUUGUCUGUGCCAUGGUUGCAUCGGUGACUCUGCAUGCGCUCAAUCCAUUCCGUACAGGCAAUAUUGUCCUUUAUCAAGUCAAGUAUACGCGUGAAUGGCACCGCUUCGAAAUGAUUCCAUUCAUCAUUCUCGGUAUAGUUGGUGGUCUUUACGGAGCAUUCCUCAUUCGAUUGAAUAUGAAGAUUGCAAAAUGGCGACGGUCUCGCAGUUCAUCACGGCCGAUCAUCGAAGUGGCGGUUGUGGCUCUUUUAAGUGCCUUGAUCAAUUUUCCAAAUCUAUUCAUGAGGGCACAAAAUUCGGAGCUCGUUCAUUCGCUGUUUGCAGAAUGUGGAACUGGGACUACCGAUGACCCUUUUGGCUUUUGCAAGGCGGGGGCCGUAUCGGCUGGUACUGUUGCGCUCUUGCUUUUGGCCGCUCUUCUGGGAUUUUUCCUGGCCUCGUUGACCUUUGGGCUGGAUAUCCCUGCUGGUAUCAUACUUCCGUCGGUUGCUAUCGGUGCACUAUAUGGGCGUGGCCUGGGUAUGACUUUUCGGAUGUGGCAAGAAGCUUAUCCGAACUUCUUCCUGUUCAGCAAGUGCGAGCCAGACAUCCCAUGUGUGACUCCCGGGAUAUAUGCGAUUAUAGGUGCGGCUUCAGCACUUGGCGGUGCCACGCGGAUGACUGUCUCAAUUGUGGUCAUUAUGUUCGAGCUCACCGGCGCUUUGACUUACGUCAUCCCCAUCAUGAUUGCAGUUAUGUUGUCUAAAUGGUGCGGUGAUAUAUUUGGAAAGCGUGGUAUCUAUGAGUCGUGGAUUCAGCUGAACGAGUACCCUUUUCUCGACCACCGCGAUGAUACGACUCCGCCUGACGUUCCUGCCCACAGUGUUAUGACCACAGUAGAUGAUCUCACAGUAAUAACUGCUGUGGGUCAUACGAUUGAGUCACUUCGCAACCUCCUUUUAGCGACUUCUUAUCGUGGGUUUCCAGUCAUUACCGAUACGUCAAAUCCUAUUUUGCUGGGAUACAUUUCCCGCAAUGAGCUUUCGUAUGCGCUGAAGUACUCUACAACGCCUUCAGAUAACGAACUAUCUGGUGCAACACAAGUCUUCUUCACCCACCAGCCCUUCGCAGACCCUUCUGAAACUUUGGAUCUCCGGCCUUGGAUGGAUCAAACGCCUAUUACGCUCAAUAGCAAUACAACAUUCUUGAUUGUACUCCGGAUGUUCCAAAGGCUCGGUCUCCGCUACGUUCUAUUUGCUGAUAAAGGCGUCCUUCAAGGACUGCUCACGAAGAAGGAUGUCUGGUCUGUGGUCAGUGGGGCUGCCUCUCAGAAGGACGACACUUUACGUGAGAGGGCCUUCAGUCCUGGAAACACGGCAGAGGAGGUCGGUUUGCUUGAAAGCGAUGAUGGGACGAGCCUUGCCAGCACGAUUGAAAGACGACCGUCGCUUUAAUCCGGCGCCAGUCUGGCUGGUACACCACGACUGGAUUAGACAUAUUACGGGUCUCACAUAUGAUGCCGACACAUUUGAUCUACGACUGUUGUUUACAGGGAUACCAACAUCAAAAUAUGUAUGAAUUUGGGUACGUUGGCGUUUACUGACUGUAUCUGUUUCUUUCUUGUUUUCAGAGCGUGUACAUUGCCCGAAUACCUGGGGGCACGGCGGUACAGUGCUGCGACUUGCAUUUAUCUAGACAUACUGGUGUAUAUAGUCUUUUCAAUCUUUGAGAACCUAUCUGUAUAUCACGGCGUGUUUCGCGCGUGACUGUUCGAGGACAUAACAAC